CACACAAUCAUGGCGGCUUGUAACCAAGUGGUACACAUUUUCUUUGGUGUUAUUUUGUUUAUAUCUUGCAUGACAUGCAUUGUCGCGAUAAGAUAUGAACCUAACUGGGAAUCUAUUGAUUCCCGGCCUCUACCUGUAUGGUAUGACGAGUCGAAAAUUGGUAUCUUCAUCCACUGGGGAGUGUUUUCUGUGCCAAGUUUGCUGUCAGAAUGGUUUUGGUAUCAGUGGAAAACGGAGAAGAAUCCAACAGCUAUGCAAUUUAUGAAGGAUAAUUACAAGCCUGACUGGACCUACCAAGACUUUGCUGAAGAGUUUUCAGCAGAGAUGUUCAACCCUGAUGAAUGGGCAGACAUUUUCGGUGCAUCUGGAGCAAGAUAUGUUGUGUUAACGAGCAAACACCAUGAAGGUUAUACCAACUGGCCAUCAAAACACUCCUUCUCCUGGAACUCAAUGGAUGUAGGACCAAACAGAGAUCUUGUUGGGUCUUUGGCAGAUUCUAUCAGGAAGAACACAGAUAUGCAUUUUGGACUGUACCAUUCUUUGUUUGAAUGGUACAACCCUCUCUACCUUCAGGAUAAGGCCAACAACUUCAAAACUAAUGAAUUUGUGAAGUUCAAAACUUUGCCAGAAUUGUAUGAGAUAGUAAAGGCCUACAAGCCUGAUGUUAUUUGGUCUGACGGAGACUGGGAAGCUAAGGAUGUUUACUGGAACUCCACCGAGUUUUUGGCCUGGCUUUAUAAUGAUAGCCCUGUAAAAGACACGGUUGUUACUAAUGAUAGAUGGGGAAGUGGUAUUGCAUGUCAUCACGGGGGAUACUUCACCUGUAAUGACAGAUAUAAUCCUGGUGUUCUUCAGAAGAGAAAAUGGGAAAAUUGUAUGACAAUUGACAAACGCUCCUGGGGAUAUAGGCGUGAUGCAAAGAUAGCAGAUAUUCUUACAAUGGAAGAAUUAAUCACAACUCUUGUAGAGACUGUCAGUUGUGGUGGAAAUAUUCUGAUCAAUGUGGGACCAACACAUGAUGGCAGGAUUGUUCCUGUGUUUGAAGAGAGGUUAAGAAGUCUUGGCAAGUGGCUCAAUGUGAAUGGUGAAGCUAUAUAUUCCAGCAAACCAUGGAUCCACCAAAAUGACACGGUGACACCAGGCGUCUGGUACACCACAAAGAACUCUAAGAAAGAAGGUUUGGCUGUUUAUGCUAUUGUUUUGAAGUGGCCUACCUCAGACAGUUUGUACUUGGCAAGUCCAACACCAACACCGAGCACCAGGGUUACAUUGCUCGGCUACCCAACUCCCAUCUCCUGGCAGAAGUCAUCAACUGAAGGGAUUUAUUUGAACGUACCUGUCAUACCAUUCAAUAAAAUGCCAUGUGAUUAUGCCUGGGUAUUUAAAAUGGAGAAUUUGGGUUAGUUUGAACUGUUUGUGAUUUAAAGAAUACAAAACAGCGGGACUACUUUUUCUGCAAAUUAUCGUAUCUUUCAACCUGUAUUAUGUUUCCUAUAGUAUAUGGUACAUAUCAAAUCCAUAUUUACAUAAUACAGCUAGAAUCUAUUCAAAAUUGUAUUAAGUGAUUUAGGCAAACCUUUUGUAAAAAUUUAAUCAGCUUACAAUUUCAGAUAACUUACUGAAAGACAGUGGUCACCCAGACAAUGUAAAGACAAUCUUAACAGCUUUUUUUUCAUCUCCACAUAGUUUGGAACAAUAUUUUUAGUGGCCAUCUGUAACUAUCUGUGUCAUAUUUAGUUGUUUCUUCAAUGUUUUGUUUUUGCCAAGUUUACUAACAACUGCUGUCACUUAUAUGCAAGAUGCACAUUAGUUUACUAAUAACAGCAGUGUUGAAAUAGUAAAAAAAAAUGAUUUAUUUUUGGUUUUGAUAAUUAUACUUGUGUCAUUGGUAUGUCAUACUUACAUGUAGAAUGAUUAAUCCAUUUAUUCUGUCACAAUUUUGAUUUCAUUCAAUUUCGUUUAAUUAAAGGGACUAACCACAUAUUUUAGGUGAAAAAUAAUUUCUCUAAAGUCCAUAAAAAGAGUACUCUGAAAGUGACUAGUGUUAUAACCUUAUUGACAAAAGAUUUUUGCAAGAUACUCUUAUAAAUAAUAUAAAUAACCAAAAAUAGUGUGCAGAAGGUAGUAAACCAUUGCAAUAUUUUUGAAACAAUAUUUUUGCAAUUUUUUUGUGGAUUUUUAUGAAUUAGCGGAAAUAGGAAGUAUUAUUAGAAUAUUUGUUAAUUCUUUUUGUUUUUUUAAAACAAAUUUUCAAUACAAUUAAACAAUAA